CUUGAGCGUGUCUAAGACAUUUAAGAGUUGAUUAGCAGAGUCCAGAAUUGAUACGACGGUGAAAAAUAGAUGGUCUUUAUCAUAAAAAAUAUAUAAAUUAAAAAAAAAAUUAAUGUCGUUUUGUAAUUCAGAAGUGAUUUAUUAUUCUUUGUGGUUCAAAAACUUGACUAGAUCGGGUUUUAUACUGCAAUUUUGUGUCCAAUUUUUAUAGUAAAUACAGUUUUUCAUAAAUUUUUGCUAAGUUUCUCAACUUUUCCUAAGCGUUCAUGCUUUUUCCAUUGGUGGGUGACAUAGCACAGGCCUCACUUGCCCAAGGCAACCUCUCAUGCGAUACCGCACGUCCGCACACACCAACACGCAAUGCACACGCUGACUCACACAACCCGAACCCCGCACAUUUGUUGUUGCUGUUGUGUGCGUGUGUGCGUACUAACCCCAUGUAACGAACGUGUGGGAUCAAACUAGCGAAGAUAGCGAAUGGGCCCGUGCCCGUCACUGUUCUUCCUAACCUUGUGCAAGACACACGCGCGUGAACAAACCCCGUGCGCACACACGUAUCGUGAUAUUCGUGCGUGCAGUUUUCCUUUUUUGUUAGUCAAAUUUACCCAAAAUCACCUCGACAAACCAACAUCAAAUCACGCGAAAGCAGCUCCAAACUCCCCCGACUGUUACAAAUGUAGUCCCACGGGGUGUAUCCGUAGUUGCUAUAUAUUACCUUCGGUUUACCUUACGUAUUGUUUUUUGUGUGUGUUAUUGUUGUGUAGUUUAUCGUAAUAUAUCCCCCGUUUAACGACCGUUCUCUGUCGGUAGUGUCGUGUCAAUCGGAAGGAUCCCAUAAAACACAGCAAGUUAUAUCAGGUUCUGCUGUCGUUCCUUUCGGUGGGUGGUGGCGUGAAGUAACGUGCUCUCGAAAUCGCUCAACGCCGAAAAAUUUGGCCCUUGCUACUGCUGCUGCUGCGUUUGCAUAAUCGCCGAGCGAAGGUAGUCCAGAAGUGUUACUGGUUUUGUAAGUGUGUGUUGCUAGCAGCUCCCUUUCCAAAUCCGAUCCGACCAGAGCGACGACACGCGAAGAAAGUGUGUGGGAAACAUCUCGGAGAAAGUGGUACCUGAAGCUGAAGUGUCUUUCGUCGUCCCAGGUGGGGGCCUUCAGAUUGCCUUAUAGAGCGAAAGCAGUUGCUUCCUGCAGACCCUGCUGGCCCGGUUCAGGCCGCUCUUCAAUCGGAUCUCGUACAUAAGAAGUCCCUGAUAUCUCAAGCACAAUUGUGAUCGUUGGCCAUAGCCGUAGCCGACUUGUACUGAAUCUAAGCGCCACGUUCCUUAUUGCGAUUACACUGGGCUCCACAGUGCACGGCAACAGCGACCCAACCGCCUCAUUCCAAUGGGUUGACACGUCUGCAACCGCACGUGAGUUCCCGGUGCCGCCAGCAGACCGAGCCGAAGUUCGCGCCCGAACAGAGGAGUUGUUGUCCGGAGCGGCAGAGCAGCAGCAACAGCAGCAGCACCUACCAUCCCCGGAGUUGUACCAGCAGUUCCGGUAGCAGAGUGCUCCAUUUGUCGUCUCAUUCCGCCAGCACCAGCCAGAGUGUGUGGUAUGGUGCUAUUCCGUUGAUUGGUGAUCUACUAGGAACUGUACGAAGAAGAAGAAGUAGUAGUGGCCUUAAGGAAGAUUCAGCGCAUCAGCCCGGCAACGUCCUAAGGGGACGCUCACACGAAAUCAACCACCGUUCAACCGACUUUCCAAUGAGAGUAGUCCAGUGUGUAAGGCAUCUAACAGCGGCGUCCCAUCCGGCAUCCGUCUGCCCAAACGGUGUACCAUCGGGGAUCCGUGGAUUGGGGGAACUGUUCUGCUACAGCUACUACGCCGUUGCCACCAUUCUGCUGCACCUGUUUGCCGUCCUGCCGCUCGUUAUUGCAGACCUCAAUUAUUGCUGGAAGCCAUAGAGCGAUCCGUGUGCCACCGACCAUCUGGGAGGUUAAAACACCCUGUACAGCUGGUUCGAUCCUGUUCCUGUCUCCACUCUGCUCCUGCUUAUCUGCUGUUGUUGUAUUUGGGGAGCGUGUAUAGCGCAUCAGGUGAUUCGUCGCAAAACAUUCCAAAUUUGCUGCUGCAUUUGUGCCACCUUACUGCACGGAAACGGCUCUCGUCAUGUUGAAGGUAGUCGGUGCUUCCUGGCAUAAGACCCGUAUAGGGUCGUACAUACUCAUCGGUGCACUGAUGCUAGCAGUCGCUGCUCUAUUCCUCGCCGAUAUGGAGCGUCCCAGCUACAACGGGACCUACUGUGCCACCACCUACUGGGCACGGAACUCCGGCUAUCGGCUAGAGUUCUGGGGCCAGCGCAAUGAUCUCGACCAGGUGCCGAAGGGUGCGGUCCGUGCCUGCUUCCGGGACAGCAUCCUAACGAACGGUUGGUCUCAGCUUGAGCUAGAAUCUCAAUCUACCUACACGGACACGGUGCAGGCGUAUGCGGCUGGCAUUAUGGAGGGUGCACUGACGUGGCACAACAUCUACAUGCACUGGUCCAACACGAUCGAUGCGGUCUGCUCGAAGGAUGAAGAGUCGGAGGAGUUCUGCGACUGGUUGCGCGGUUUGAUCACCACGAACGUGGACACGGUAAAGAAGAUGGCCGAUAUGAAGGGCAAGCACGACUACUACUGGUACCAGAUUGCGCUGUUCUACGAUCAGCUGGAUGGGCUCGAGAUUGGCUUCCGGAAGGGUGUGAAGCGAUCGCGCAUGGAUUACGAAAUUCCUAAGCAGGACUUUCUGCUAAUGAACGCCGCUGUCGAUAUACGCGACCUGAAGAUCUACUACACCAACUUUCUGAUGGAAAACAGUGGCCUGAAGCCGGAACCGGCAAAGGGAAUUAUGCUGCUCAAGCUGCUGCAGCAACCGAACGGACAGUCAAAGGUGCUGCUCGGCCACACGUCCGAUGGUAGCUACUCGUCGAUGCUGCGCAUGGUGAAGAAGUACACGCUGCGGUAUCACCUCUCAGCGGAGACGGCACGGACUGUUGUUUCCGCGCAGGCCGCGGAGGAUGAGGAUCGCGCCGUCGUGCCGGGUACGAACAUUGUGUUUACCGGGUAUCCGGGUGUGCUGGCAUCGUUGGACGAUUUCUACGUGAUCAGUGGACGCCGCCAGCACCGGCUGGUGGCGGCCGGCGUGAAGAUGGAAAACGAGCACGUGGAUCUGUGGCGCAAAAUCGAUUUAGUGCGCUCGGUUUCGCUGGCACCGCGCGUAAUGGCAGCGAAUCGGCUGGGGCACAGUGGUCGGUCCUGGGCGCGGUACUUUGCCCGCAACCCGUCGACGGGUGUGAAGCAGUGGCUGGUGAUCGAUAUGUCACGGUUUGUGGGAAGCAAUGAGACUGAGGUGGAGCUGCUUGCAACCUCCCCGGCAUCGGUGGCGGUGGACCAGUCAGUGGAGGACAAUGACAUUGCUGCUGGGGGCGGACAGGAUGUGGUAGCGGACGGUGAACAUCAGCGCAUUGUAACGAAGCGGAUGGAAGACUACGUGGACGAUGAUUUUAAGGAGCAUCUGUCCUCGAUCCGUCAGGUGCGGAUGGUGACGAUUCCAAAAGCACCCGAACCGGUCGCCGGGGAAGAGCUGGUGGUGGAACCCAGCGUUGGUCAUACCUUUGGAUCGGGCAUGUUCUGGGUGGUGGAUCAGCUGCCCGGUCGGCUGCACGCGGAAGACAUCACCGACAAGAUCGUGUCCGACGGGUACUGGUUAACGAAUGGGGUGCCCUACUUCAAGGAAGCGCUCGACAUCGGACAGGCUACGGCGAACGCAACCAACACUACCGCUCCGUCCUCCACGAUGGAGAAGAUCCUGCAGAACAUUACCGACCUGGAGACGCUGGCACGCUUCUUCCGCCAGUCCGCCUACCGGGGCGAUCUCGAUCAGGAUGAACCGGCCGCCUUCGGCAACAUCGAUCUGAAGAUGUACACCGAAACGGCCGACGGUACGGUACACUUCCGGGCGUACUCGGGACCCCUGUACGAUCCGGCCCGCAGCACCCCGGGCCAGGCGGCCAAACGGAGCAUCGUGAAAUCGGAACAGCUACAUCAAUCAACCGCCACCGAUCAAAAGACAGCGACAGCGAGCCACGGCGACGCCGCCACGGUCGCUUCCCAUCCGUUCGAUUGGAGUCGAAUACUGCCGUUCGAAGUGCGCCACCAGGGCCACCCGGAUGUGUGGGACUUUGAGCACAUCACACCGGAAUGGGCGUGGAUAUGAGUCGUAUGCGGUGCCGCCGCCUCACUUACUUAGACCAAUUGUUUUUUCUCACUGACACGGGCAGCACUACUGCUCCUGUGUUAGUACACACCACCUCCGUCUGUCAUAACUAUUCGUGCAAUAACGCCAAGAUCACUCAAGUCUUCCAAAGCGAGCCUAAGAAAGAUCAACUUCCUAUCUGACUAAAAUCAUGGAUUUUUACAAAGUUUUCCUGUGAGAAAAACCAAACAAAACAUAACUGCAAUUUUACAUAGCCGUAGUUAGACGAAAGCCUUAAAGCGAUAGCAAAUUGCGCAAGCUGCUGUUCCUGUUGAUGGCAAUUGCGCUAGUUCAUACACGCAAACACACUUUUUAUAGACCAAUUUUGAAAGAACAAAAGAAAAAUAGAAUGACGGAAUAAUGAAAAGAAAAGAAGAAUAAACACC